AUAUAUCAGUGUGUAUCAGCGUGCUGUCACAUAUGACAGGUUGAUGUCGCGUGACUUCACAUCCGCGCAAUAUAUAUUCCGUGAAAACUCCGCGAAAAACAAUUGAUCGUGAUUAAGUAUCCGUGGAGCGGAUAUUGUGAAUGAAUUAAUCGCCGAUCGCAUUGUACGGAACACCAGAAGGUCGCUAUAUAGGAACAAAGAUGCAGAGUUCUUCCACAGAACAAUUGACGAGGUGUAGUACCAUAACGUUGGAGGAGGAAACAGUGGAGAACACCAAUAACGAAACAACGUCUCCUACUGUAUCCGAAAAAAUCAUGAGUAUCUGCAAAAGAUUACGCUGGUUAUACGUAGAUCUGGCUUUGGCGUUAUCAAUGAUCAUACUGUUGGUGCUCUUGGAAAUACUCGUGCAACCGUACCAGCAGAUCGGUUUCUUUUGCAAUGAUCCGAAGAUCUCAUUCAAAUUCACAGGUGACACAAUCUCUAUAGGCUUAAUCCUAAUCUUCAGUGUCAUCAUGCCUUUACUAGUGAUAUGGAUCGCAGAAUAUAUUUACUAUUCUGCUGACAGUUACGAAGACGCGUCAUAUUAUGGCACCCGGAGUAAACUAAUCUGGCGCUGGUACGGACAUUACGCUGCGGGGAUUUUAACGCUUACACUCCUCUGCGAAGCUAUGAAAGUCAUAAUCGGUGAGCCGCGGCCACACUUUCUCGACACGUGCAAACCGCGCGAGGCGGCCAACUGCACCAAUGAAUACAUCAUUUCUUACACAUGCACGAAUACCGAGGUUUCCACCUGGUUCAUCAACGAUUCAAAAAAAUCCUUUCCCUCCGGUCAUGCCGCUCUCUCCGUUUACACGAGCAUCUUCUUGGUGUGGUAUCUACAGAACCGUAUGCCGAAUCGGAUGUUGUUUCUGAAACCGUGGCUGCAGUGCCUGACGAGUAUGUGGGCCGUUACAUGCUCGAUAACCAGAGUGGGCGACAACCGGCAUCAUUGGUGGGACGUUCUCAUCGGCGACGUCCUCGGGCUUCUAUUCGGCCUGUUCGUCGUAAUAUUAUCGUGUCGGCACUUCUGUCUCGAACGUACCGCCGCCAAUGCCGCCAACGCUGCGACGCACGCCCUUAACGAGCCCCUGGAGAACGGCCAGAUCGGAGGCUACGACAUGCAGCGCAAGCAUAACGCAGCCAAGAAGCUGCUCAAUCCUACCGCCGUCGACAUCUCGGAGAUCCGAGAAAUGAAGGAUAUCGGACGGACCUGGAGUAAAUAAACGCGUUCGACGAGGGGAUGAUUUCAAGGGUGGACAUAG